AUGCACCUCACAGAGAAGGGCAAGAGUGCGAUUCUCGCCAUGGCUGAGCGGUUUUCGGUUGAAGGUCUGGCGACUGAGUGGGAAGGCUUCGAAAACAUUCGGAACAGAUUGCGUUCGGAAGACGGCCGGCUUGUGAUUCGGAACGAAGAUCAGACCUAUGAUCCAAGCAAUCGUUUGGCUAUCUUGAAUUUGGAUCUCCUCGCCCCCAUGCUGGUUAGAAUGACCCUCUGCAAACUUAAGAUCCCGGACAUCGAGCCGUUGCGAUCAACGGUGCAGCAGGUUUAUCAACUUGUGAGCAAGGAGCCAUCUGACAGCCAAAUCGACGACGAGGCAUGGGCUCUUCGUCACCUCGUGGGCCAUGUGAAGCGCAAGACCCAAAAGCAACUGGUUUCUUUGGAUCCUGGGAAUUUACAUAAUCUUCAGUCGAAAUUCGAGGAACCGGAUUUCCAAGACAUGUGCCUGAUUUUGAACCCCGACCUCGAGGAUGCCUUUAAAGUGCGGACCUGGUGCGAGAGAUUCGGGAACGUGCAGAAUCCGUCCCACAGCAUUCGCCUGAUGAAACACUGGUGGCGCUUGAUGACAGUCAGCCAGCUGGGGCUGGAGUUUUUGAGCAGCUCGAAGAAGCUCCAGCUCAAGAUGCUGCAGGAUGAGCUGAGAAAGAUUCGUGAGAAGCGAGCGAAGUAUGACCCGUCCAUGAGUUUGCAGCCGGAGGAACCCUCGCCAGGCCGUCCAGAGCCCACAGCUGCAGCCGCGUUGGUGACGCCUCCUUGCAAGAACAGCAUCGGGCGCUAUGAGACGGAUAAUGCAGAGACGCAGCAGUUUGACAUCAUGGGGAUAGAUCUAUCCCAGACUCCUGUGACCCCAGAGUUCAACAAGCCCCAGAGAUUCCCGAGCACAACGUCCGUGGACACUAAGCGCUGGGCCUAUCAGCAUCCCAACGAACCGAAGCCAGAGAAGUUGUCAGAAGCACCCCCGGCACUACAUGCUCAAGACGAGAAACCGUCUGCUGCACCCCCGGCACUACCUGCUCAAGACGAGAAACCGUGUGCUGCACCCCCGGCACUACCUGCUCAAGAAGAGUUGCAAGCUGUUGUCGAGGAGCCGAUGCAUGAUGCUGAGGAUGAUGCUGUGCAGGAUGAUGGAGCUGCUCCAGAUGGUGAAGCAUCGCCUCCCACGAAGGUUUUCGGAAGACGAGAGCAGCUUGGACUCAGAAAGAAGAUCAAGGAGAGCAGGAAGAAGGCAGACCCGGCCGAUGACCAGGGCAGCAAGAAGAAGCUCAAGCGCAAGUCGAGCAAGAGCAAACUUGCUCGCCUGAAGAAGAUGCGCAGAUCGCGCUCUUCUUUUGAGGACUUGGAAGGACCUGAGGAGCACGCGCCAGCCGAGGAAGAGGAGCAAGAGCCGCAGGCGAAAUCCAAGAGCAAAGCCAAGCCGAACAGCAAAUCCGCGCCGAAAGCCGAAGCCGCCAAGCCAAAAAGCAAAUCCGCGCCGAAAGCCAAAGCCGCAGCGAAAAGCAAGGCGACACCGAAGGCCAAAGCCACCAGCCCGAAAUGCAAAGCCAGUUCGAAGAAGGCUUCGUCCUCGAAGUCUCACGAGGACAAUGAGGCGGAGCCCGCCGAGAAGCCCAAGUCAAAGGGGGGGCGACCCAAGGGAUCCAAGAACAAGGUCAAGGAAGCAGACAACGAUGGCAAGAAGGCCCGUGCUGCCAGAGUGGCACCCAGCAUCCGCCUGAACCGCAAGAGCGCCGACGAGACGCCCCACGACCCGGAGGAUUACGACUACAUCCUUCAGUUCGUUCACGACUUCGAGGAUCCCGAAGCCGAGCUUCCGGUGCUCAAGAAGCAGGUCAAGGAGUGGAAGCCCCAGUGGACUUAUGUGGCCCCGGAUAUCUAUUGGGAGUGCGCUUUGACUUUCUACUAUCAAGAUGACGAGGGCACGGACUGCAAAAGCAAUGUGGGCCACUUCCAUUUCGCUAACAACAAGCCCGCGCAAUUGGUCGCCAUUGCCUGCAGCUACUUGCUAGCUGCUUGUCUGUAA